CUAAAUCGUGUAUGGUCAGUCUUGAAUGGCUCUUGAGAUGCAAUUGUGCAGAUUUAGCUAUGUUAGCAAUCCAAGAUCUAGAUCGCUAAAAUUCAAAGACGCUCCACCCUUGGUCACGUGACGGAUCCAUUUCCGGAAGAUCUAAAUUGUUUCGGAAUGCAAAGAUCGCUGUCGCGAAGAAAUUGUUCUUUUCGAUCAUAGUCUGUCCUGGCUCUUUUUUUCUUAUGGCACUAUUUUGCUGCAAACUCACCACUGAACAGGGCAAGAAGUAGAAUCUAGGAGAGAAGCAGUAGCAGGUUUUCUCUUCGUUGUGUCAAAAUGGUCGUGAAAACGGACAUCUGUAACUACACCGAGUACAAGAUCUACCCGGGCCGGGGGCAGAAGUUCGUCGCCAAGGAUGGUAAGGUGAGCUUCUUCAUCACCGCCAAGGCGGACUCCCUCUUCCACCAGAAGAUCAAGGCGGUCAAGCUGACCUGGUCCCAGGCUUGGCGUCGCAUGAACAAGAAAGGUAUAAUUAGACGACAUGAAUAUGUCUGGUGCUGUGUAUCUAUUCAUGUUUCUUCUUUUUCCCGCAAUUGCUUUGCAUUUCAAUCUGAUAGCUUCUAAAUCUGUGCUGGUAUGGGUAUGGCAGAGGAUCUGGGAGAUCAGUCGCUGUGCACAUUUCACCGAACGGAUCCGUUGUUGCUUUUCUCACGCAGCUGUUCUCAUUUUGAUUAUCGGAAAUAAAACUAAAAAACAGGUAAAUUGGAGGUCAACAACCGCCGCGCCAAGAAGAAGGGAACCAAGUUCCAGAAGGUAUCGAAUCUUUUGUUUUUGCUCUUGCCCGGUGUCAAAUCAAUCUAAAUUCUGCUUUCCCUUAAUUGCACGCGCUUCUGCAAGUCUAUACCAGUGUCUCGUUUUAGAAAUUCGGGCAACUAACAACAACUCGUCCUGGAAGAAACAAUUUAUUUUCCAUCACACCACAGGCCAUCGUCGGUCUGACUUUGGAAGACAUGCGCGCCAAGCGCAUGCAGAAGGACACCCUUCGCGCUGCCGCUAAGGAAACCGCGGUGAAGGAGGCCAAGGCCCGUCAGGUCAAGCGCGCUUCCAAGCCCCAGUCCACCCAGCCGAAGCAGAAGAUCCAGCAAAACAAGAUGCCGCAGCAAAAGGCCGGCGCGCAGAAGCAGAAGAACUUCAAGGCCAACAAGUAAGUCUGUACGUGAUGGUCGUGCCUAGACUUUGUCGAACUGAACUCUGCUACGAAAUUCACUUCUCUUCUUCACGUCACACGAAGACUUCGAGAAAGAACACUUGGUCACUGAAGAACACAUUCGGUGAUUGAAAACACAUGCCACUGUGAUUCUUGAAGCUAGAUUCUAUCUUUAAAAGCAGCGCCGUCC